UCAUUGAACAUGAAAUUAAUCGUUCUUUUCUCAUACUUCAAUGCAAUUUUUUCAUAAGAAAAUUUAGGAGAAUGACAAUUUUUAUAGUGAUUGAAUUAAUCGCUCAACCGGCAUACAGCGCCAACUUGCUGCGCUUGCGCACAGCUCGACAAAGACCGGUCAUCGAGCGCGCUCUUCCUAGGCGCGAUAAGCCAAACAAAUCACAAAAUUCCUUCGCGGUAUCGGGUUGAAACAAAGAGAGAAAAAAAACAACGAUACGCAGUGUGGCUGGCGCAUUAGCCGGUCGUUCGUUGUUUUACUACGUGCCGUGCGGCGUUUUUCGAUUCAACCGAUUUUUUUUAUUCGUUCCGCCUCGUCCAGAAAACCAAAAGAUGGUUUCGAACGAACGAAAUUCCGCGUGCAACAACGAAGUCGUCGGGGCAGAGAACUUGAUUACCAAAUUUCAUAGUAUGAAUUGGCUCAAGAGUCCGGCCAUUCCGCAUCGCAUAAUCUCUCACGAAGAAAUGGCUAAUGGUAGAAAAGGAAAAGCACGUGGAAGGAAUCGGACAGCUCAACAGAAUAGAUCACUCUCGGAUAAUGAUCCGGGAUCAUCCAAUACCGUCUGGAACGGUAACAAAAAACUUGGAGAAAGCUUGUUUCGCAAAGCGAAUGCUGCUACUACGACUGAGGCUGAAUCUGAUGAAGAUAUGAAGAAGGCUAUGGAAGAAAGCAGGAAGUUAUAUGAGGAAAAUAAUCGGAAGAUUGCAAAUCUUACUAUUGCGGACGAUGACGAUAUCGACAGAAAGUCGGAUGACGAUGGGUUUUGGACCAAGAAGCAAAGUAAUUUGCCAGAUCCAGAACCAGAAGAAUCUGCAAAACCAUCCGAUACGAACAAUAACGCAUCCGCGAAAACCGUGAUUGAAAUACACAACCCUCCUCCGGGACGAUCGAUUACUGCGAGAAAAUCUAGCUUCGUUGGAGGGAGCGUCAAAAAAAUCGAGGAGGCGACCUGCAGCAGGAAUGGAAUAGAGUCCAGGGGACGCGGAAGAGCGAAUACGAGCAGUUCCGAGACAGCGAGAGGAGGGAUCCAGAAAUUUGCGACAAUCGGUCGAGGUUCGCAAAUCAGCGAACCACAUUCGAGUAUGAAUCAGCAAAAAGAAAGAUUUCAGAGUACCCUGAACUCCACCAAUUCGGAAGAACCAGAAAAUUGCAAUUCUCAUCGUAAUGAAUUCAGGCCGCAAAAUAAUCACGCAACAAACAGGUACAGUCAACCCAAGGAAUAUCCGUACAAUCCGAGACGAGAAAAUAAUACGAGAUAUCGUUACGUCAAAGGACAGUCGCGAGUUGAGCGAGAAAGUGAGGAAAAUCUGUCCAAAAACGACAAUGAGAUCGAAGCUAUCCCAGAGAAAUUUUCGUCAUCCCACGAACGUUUGGAAUCCCGGAAAUCCAAUCACGAUGUUUCAGAUAAAAAUUUGCACAGAGAAGAACAACCUCCACAAUUGAGAAUUUUACAAAAGAGUGAAAACUCCGAAGCCUGUGAAAACGCUCUCAAACAAUCGGAGAAACUUCGUUUGCAAGGAUUCAGAUCGAGAUUGAACGGACCACGUCCCGACGACGAAGACAUUCCAUCAACGUCAAAACCAGAAGUUACCAUUGCGACCAGUGUCGUUGACAAUCUUGCAGAAAAAUCGGCACCUCCUAAAAGUUUCACGCCAAUGCACAAUCCUCCUCCGGGAUUCGUUGAAAAUCAACCUUAUUACCAUCAGAACGAACCUCCCAGUAGCUAUAUAGCUGCCCGCCAAAGCUCGCAACCGUUGUAUGAUAACUUGGCUCAUUACGAUCCUUUGCUUUAUCGACUUCUUCUGCAAAAACAGAGAGAAGAUUAUCUUUCGUCUCCGCAACGCCAAGUUUUCGAGAGUUACAAGAAUUAUCAGCCGGAGGAAGCACAAGAAGCAGCGGUACAAACUCCAAUACCGGAAGAGCCCAGUUUCGUUUAUACAUUCCCCGCGCCAUCGGAUUAUGUGAUAUUACACUCGCCUCAUGAUCCAGAAAAUCCACUUUUCGUGCACCGGAGUCAACUAGGAUUGAUCAAUCAGUUACCGGGAGAAGGUUACUAUUGCCCUGAACGUGCUAUGAUCGCCGAAAAUUCUUCGCCGAGCAACAUUGUUUUUGUCGAUAGCAGGCCAAACAUUCAAAUGGCAAACGAAUCAGCAACGCUACGCGGUACCGCACCAUCUCAUCGUACUCGAAUUCCGAUUUUACAGACUCAGAACCUAAGUUUUCAGGCAGCACAGUUCCAAGAGCCAUCAUAUGACGUGCCUCGUGACGGUCUCAUCCCAUCGCAGUGCAGACUUUUAUCGAACCACGUGCGAGGACCUCCGGGAUAUCCGGCGACCCGCCCUGCUGUGCCGGCUAACAUGAUCCCACGAAUCGUAACGACGCCUCGUGGUUUGGAACCAGGCCCUCGCCCGAGAACCAAUUUUCAUGGACAAGUAUCACCUCUGAUGACCCAAUACGACGAAGCUUCGAACUUUGGCAACGAACAUUUCGAUUAUUCACACGGUAGCAAUAGAGUUCCGGGACCUUACAGGGCAUCUUUCAAUCAAGAUACUCGUCAGCAGCAUCAAACGGGACAACGUUCAUAUUCAAACGUGGAAGGAAGACGAGAAAAAUUUCAGCAACAAACGCGUUAAGAGAACAUUUCACUUUUUGAAUUUGUCGAAGUUUGCAUCCUUGGUAGGGGUCACAAAGUCUUUUUUUUUUCAGUAUUUUAAUAUCGUCGAGAAUUUGAGAGUCUCUCGAAAUUUAAACAGCUGCAAAUAGAACUCGACGAUUAAGCAAAAAUGAUGGUUCGUGCUGCUUUCCAAAGGUGCAAACUUUGUGAACUUUAACUUCGUUCCUUGUGCCAAAGACUGUACAGGAUUUCAACCAAAUUCAUUUUUCUUUUCUUUUCUUUUCGUUUAAUUUUUCUCCUCGCCGAAGACGAAUUAAUGUAUACGGCAACGAUUUUAUACUCCUAUAUAGAAUUCUUAGAUCGCUAUUUUUCUCAUUCCCUUGUUAAGAGAGUUUACGUGCAGUUGCGACAUGCAAACGCUUAAACUAUUGUGGCUCCAGAUACUUUGCAUUUAAAGUAAUAUUCCUUUUUCUCGAUGACAUUACUAUCAUUUACCAGUUUAUUAAUUUUUCUUUAUGCUUCAUUUGAAAUUUACGGAAUGUUAUGAACCAUCAAUUUUCCAAAAAUUUUUCACACUUGCUUUUUUGUUUCUCAUUUUAUUUUUUUCUCCUGACACUCGUUUCAUUACAUUUUCCCAAAGUAGAGAGUCUGAAAAAUGACGAAAAUUCCACUUUCAUUGAAUUAUUUUUUUCUUUUUCGUUGUUAAAAAAACGAUUUGCUUUAUAUGUUUCGUUAAAUGCAAUGUGCCUCUUCGUAAUAAACAAUCGAAAUGCGCUCUUCGAUGACUAUAAAAUUAACUGACUCGAAAAGUUAAUCAAGUGCCUCAAUGAAAGAAAAAUUUUGUGAUUCUACGCACGAUAGUGCCACUUUUCCAAAGCUAUCCAAGCAAUGAUCAUAUCAGAGCAAAACAUGCUUCGAGCUUUUGUGAUGGAAUUUCCACAAAGUGCGUUCACGAUUAAAAGAAUAAGUCUACGUACUUUUUCGAGCCCAGACCAUAAAAUGGUCGCGUGAUUUGCUUCAGUAUAUAAAAUAUUAAUAGUUAUGUAAGAGAUAUAAAUAUAUUUUAACGUGGAGGCAUGACGACAUUUAUCUACGGGAAAAUGAAUGCUUCUUCGAGUUCGUUGAAAACGGAGCUUUGUGAACGAAAGCUAAGAAAAACGACGUGUAUUAUUUUCUUUUUUAUAUAAAUAAAACCUCUACCAAAUCGA